UAUACUGAUAACACACUUCUGCCUUAUCUCACACUUAUCAGUACCCCGGCUUUAGCGAUUUCCACCCUAGCUGAUUGGCUGUGUCAGUGUUCGGUUGUACCUGGCUCCAAUCAUUCGCCGUCUGCCUAUACUGUACGUCUCGGUCUUCCCGUUGAUAUCUACCUGAAAUACAUGAGUGAAAGGAGAGAGACGAGGAAGAGGAGGGGUGUGGGAGGGUGGAGGGACGGGGCAGUGAAUGUGAGGGAGGAGGAAGGGGGAGAGGACGUGGCUAGAGUAACCAACCAGCUCCUCUUACCUGUGUCUUUCCUCGAUCUGAUCAUCACUGCCGGCCUGUGUGCCCUCAACUACUUCCUCAGAUAUGACGUUGACGUACGCGAGGACUGCAGUUUGGUCAACUGGGACGGGGUCAAACUACCGUGCACGACCUUGGCUGACCUCUCCUACCCUCACUACUCUGACGACGACUCAGCUUCCGGUAGUGUCUCGUUCGCCCUCCCUGAGUCCAUCUUCUUCACCUGCUGUAUCGUGGUGCCCUGCUGCCUGGUACUGGUGGCGGAGGUAGCGAGGACCCAGUACCCCAAGAGGAAGGUGAAGCUGGUGAAGAGUCUUGGCUUUAUUUUCCCUCUCACAGUACGGAGGAUCGUUCGCUUCAUAGGUACCUUCCUGCUGGGGGGCUCGGCGACGGGGGUGUUAGUAACAGUGAUGAAGCUGGUGGUAGUGUCCCCCAGACCCCAUCUACUGGCUGUGUGUGGUAGUACAAUCAAUGACCUCCCCGAGGAGUGUGUCCACAACCUCACCUGGACCCCUCAGUUGGUGUGUGACGGUGCUCCUGACGCAGUACUACACGAAGCUCUCAGGUCCUUCCCUUCCUACCAUGCUGCCCUCGCUGUCUACUGUGGUGUGUGGACGUGGGUGUACCUCACGCGGGUGGGGAGGGUGAGGGGCGUGUACGGUACCACCCUCAUGCUGGUGGGCGGGGUGAUGGUCAUGAUGUCAAUAGGCGCCACCCACGGCAUGCUCACCUACCAAUCAUCUGCCACUGACGUCAUUGUAGGCGGACUUAUCGGUGCUAUCGCGGCAUUGUAUAUGGCUUACGGUAUCGUCCACGGGUUCAAGGAGCGCAAGUGGCGGGUGCAAAUGGUAUCUGCAGGAGCCUACGACGAUCCUAAGCUCAUGCCCUUCAGGCCCCUAGGAGGUUCCCCCGUGUCUAACCACCAGAAAACCAAGUCGGUGGUGCUACAGGUGGACGAUUCCUCCUCUUCGUCAGGCAGCGACUCUGACGGCGACUCAGGCUACGACAACCUGGCCUUCUUCAGCGACACCUUCCGCUUUUUACCCCGCCCUACCACCGUCUCUAGGACUGGAGGUCCUCGCGGCAACACAAACAACCCACCAGCACAAGCUAUCAACUCUGUCGUUUUGGCUCCCCCUGCUCCUCCCCCACCACCUCCACCUCCCCCACCACCCCCACCUCCACCAACUGGCCCACCCCCCAGGUACUCACGACCAGACCCCACCCCAUGGGCUACUUCCACCAGCCGCCAGUACAACGUCCCUAGGCAGAGAUACUCAGCACCUGCCCCAACACCUCACGCCCCAGCAUACGAUGCCUCACGUACACAGCCCCACCGUCCGGGUAACCGCAGGGAGGUCCUCUUCGCCUACCCAAACCGCGACUCCGACACUCUGCCCCGCGCCAGAACCGAGACAGCCUCUUACUUCUGAUUCUAAACUUUAGUUCAAGAACCUCGUUGAUAAUGUUGUUAAAAGUGUAUAAUUCCAAUGUGAUUAAUGUGAUAGAUUGCAUGUACGUUUAUAGGAAAGAAUAUAUGAAUGUAAUUGAUCCAUGUAAUGUAUAUAGUUACUGUAUAUAUACGAAUGCACACACACACACACCAUUCAAACAAAUACCUCAGUUCCCGUAUGUUCUGGUAAAUGAUUGAAUUUAAAACACAAAAAUCAUGAAUGUGAUUAAAUGAGAUAUAAAUACAGCUAACA